AUGGCUUCUCUCAAACCUUUCCGUGCUGAGCAUAUGGGCUCUUUGCUCCGACCUCAAGCUCUGCUUGACGUCAGAGAGCAGAUCCGCGAGAAGGGUCUUACUCCCGAGAAUGCAGGUCUCGAAACUGUGGAGACAGAUGCUGUCAAGGAUGUUGUCAAGAUGCAGCAAGACCUGGGCUACAAGGCUGUCACCAGUGGUGAAUUCACCCGAACUCGUUUCUGGGGUUUGAUGUGGGAUGAAUUUGAGGGAACUACUCAGCUUCAAGAUGCUGAAGCCAGUCUUUUCCGUCUCUACCACCCCGAUGUGGUCAGCUUGAUCGAGAAGGAUCGUCAGGUCAUGCCUGGUGACUCUGUUAUCGCCGGAAGCAAGCUUUCUCACAGCGCUGAGAAGUCUGUCUCCAACUUGCAUGAGUUGAAGCUUGUGCAGCAGUUCGUGCCAAAGGAGCAAUGGGGCUCUAUCAAGCUUACCAUGAUCACUCCUGCUUGGUUCCACAUGCGUUACAAGCAGGGCAAGGCUUAUACCCCUGAGGCGUACAAGAACGACGAGGAGUACUUUGCCGACGUUGCAAAGGUUUAUCAGGCUGAGCUUGAUAUGUUGUACAGGGCGGGUCUGCGCAAUGUCCAAUUCGACGACCCCGGCAUGGCUUACUUUUGCAGUCAGAAGUUCCGUGAUGGGUGGGCCGCUGACUCUGACAACGUUGGUACCGUUGAUGAUCUCCUAGAUGCUUACAUCAAGCUCUACAACGACAGUCUCUCCAAGAUCCCCUCAGACAUGCACACCGGUAUUCACCUUUGCCGCGGUAACUUCAUCGGUGGCCGUCACUUCGCAGAGGGCAAGUACGACAUCAUUGCCGAGAAGCUCUUCCGUAACUUGAACGUCAACACCUUCUACUUGGAAUACGAUACCGAGCGCUCUGGUGGCUUCGAGCCUCUGCAGUUCCUCCCCAAGGACAAGAACGUCGUUGUCGGCGUUAUCAGCACCAAGCUUCCCCAGCUGGAGGAUAAGGAGGAGAUGAAGAAGAGAGUUUUGAGCGCGGCGGAUUGGGUCGCUAAGGGCAUGGGCGAGAGCCAGAAGGAGGCACUUCAGAGAGUUGCUGUUAGCCCUCAGUGUGGUUUCAGUACUCAUGAGAGCGGAUAUCCUCUCAACUUGGAUGAGGAGAAGAAGAAGCUGGCGUUGGUUCGAGAGAUCGCUGAUGAGAUUUGGGGUGAGGCUUAG